UUUGGAGAGGCAUCCCAACUCCAGCUAUUACACAUGAACUUCAUUUUCAGGUGGAGCGAAAAGCAUCGGGAGUCGACUUCAAAAUGAAGACACUGGUAAUAGAUGGUAUCAAAGUACGGAUACAGAUAUGGGACACUGCAGGCCAAGAAAGAUACCAGACCAUCACUAAGCAGUACUACAGACGAGCACAGGGAAUCUUCCUGGUGUAUGAUAUCACAAGUGAGCGAUCCUUCCAACACAUCAUGAAGUGGGCCAGUGAUGUGGAUGAGUACGCUCCUGAGAAGGUCCGGAAGAUCCUUGUAGGGAACAAGUCCGAUGAUGUGGACAAGAGGCAGGUGGCCACAGCGCAAGGUAUCAAGCUGGCCAAGGCUUAUGGAAUGGACUUCUUUGAGACAAGUGCCUUCACCAACCAAAACAUAGCAGAGACUUUUACACGAUUGGCUGAACAAGUGCUGGCAGCCAAUAAAAAGGACCUGGAUCUUCUCCGAAUGUCCAAUAAUGACGAGAUUAAUCUUGCUGCUCUGGAGGAAGAGGAAGGACUCUGUGACGGUGCGGCAGGCGACCAAGGCAAAGGCUGCUGGUGUUAAAGAAACCAUUUAAAUGAGAUAGUCUGUUAUCACCAGAAACUUUGCACACUCUGGGCAACAUGUUUCUCCGUUUGUCCUUAGUUGAAACAAAGAGGAACACUAAGCUGCAAUUUUGAAACCAGCUAUGUUCCUCUGAUUCACGUGAGCAAUGCCAAAAAUGCUAACGAGCCAUUUGAGAGCAGUUUCAUGGACAAAGGUGGAAACAUUUUGCCACACAGUGCCAAGUGUGUGGUGGAUUAACCAACUGAAGGUCCAAAUGUCAAGGUUUGACUCAGUGGGACAGAAUCUUCAUUGUCUAAAGCACUGAUUCCUGCUCAGUUCAGUGUGUCUUCGACGUAAACAAAUGCAAACCCCUGUCCACUACAAAUUCUGCAAUUGACAUAGAGUUGAAAAGACUAAACACAAAAAUACAAGAUUUAAUCAUCUUUUCUUACAGACUUUGUACGGUGUCCUGAUGUAGAGGACGGGGAAUGACUUGGAAUUGUCCAUCGCUGACUUGAAACCUUUCACAAUGUUGUAUUUCACAUUAUUUUUCCUAAGCGCUGUCUCUGUUAUUGAUUAUAGGGCUGGAUGCCUUGCAAAUCAACAAUGUGAUUGAUUACAUUUGGCCUUCAUCCACCCCUUUAGUGUUUUCCUUUAUGUGGGUAUUUUAGCCCUCCUGAACCCCAUAGCAUUUCUACCAUUGAAUGCAUUAGAUGUAGUGUGGGAAUAUGACCACAAGAGGAUGCUAUAUGCAUUGUGAAAACAGUACACACACACACACACACACACACACACACACACACACACACACACACACACACACACACACACACACACACACACACACACACACACACACACACACACACACACACACACACACACACACACACACACACACACACACUGGAAAGAUGUUCAGUGUUAAAUUAUGCUAUUUCACUAUCUUUUCUUAUGUGUUUGUUUUUGGUUGUUAUUGCAUUUGCAAUGACUACCUUUAAUGCGAUGGGAUUCUAAAUAUAUGCAGCCGUUACAUUGUUUUCUUUUAUUAUUUUCAUGCAAAUAUUGGCUCCAGUACACCAGUAUAAGUCGGUAACUGAGGGAAACAUUGAGAGCAAAAUGAUUCUAUUUCCCUGUAGCAAAACUCAAGAUAUUUUUUUCCAUUUUAUAGUCUUUGUUUAUAACAGAAAAUAUUAUACAGAUGGUUUGAUAACUGCCCAUUGCAUUGUACAUACCAUGUUUUUCAAAGCAUUGUAGAUCGGUAAUCAUGAGGAUACGCCAUUGAUUUAAUGUAUUACCAUUAGAGGGCUGUAUAAAAAAAGUCCACAGUGAUAUUCUAGAUGGUCUGAAAUAUUCCCUCUGUGAUGAUAAUAAUGUCUUGGUCAUUCUGUCCUUUUCUCACUGUUUUGUACAGAGUCCAGUGGAGAUGCCAUUUCUUUUUUUAUCCCCUCAGACUAAACAGGGACAAGCGAGAGUUUUGCAUGCAAUCCACUCUUCUUUCCUUUCUUUUAUUGCAACUUCAAUGAAGUUAAUAAUCAACUGACCGUAAGACAAGUAUAGCAUUUGACCAGAGUUGCCUGUUUGAGACUUAAACAGAAUGACCCAUCAUCGAACAAACUUUGGCUACAUUUUUUUGCAACUUAGUAAUACUAAAUGCUACUCAAAACAAUUGUUAAUCUGUGCACUGUGUGAAAUGGCAGUAUGUUGUACUGAAUGAUGUUCUGGACUAAGCUCUAGAUACACAAUGUGUUGUUUUCGAGAACUGCUUUUUUUUUCUUUAAAGGCUUUGACACACCAACCCGACGACCGACCUUCGGCAGAAAAGGCAGUCGGACUGAUCAGUCUCCCCGAGUUGGUCAAAAAAGUGCCUCAGAACACACUGAAGCGACGCCGACUUGAGCGUACGUUCUGCGCGAGAUGUAAUACGUCUCCAUAACAGCAGGCGGCGCUAAUCUGUCACAACACGUUGGACAAACACGUCCCGUGGGUCUGGCUUCUCCCGAAUUUCAAAACAGACCAUAAUGGCCGGCUCGUUCGGAAUACGAUCUCGUAUUUUACAAAACUAGUUCACCGAAAAUGUGUUUCUGAAAACAUUUGAAGCGAG